CGGCGGAGCCGGUGGCGGGCGGGGAGCGGCCGGGGCCGGUUUUUUGUGAGUCCCUGCAGGCACCGACCGCUCUCCCGCCGCGCCCCGCGCAGCCGCCCCUCGCCGGUGCCACUCGGGGGGUUAUUUUUUGUUUUGUUUUUUUGCUUUCCCCCCUACUUUUAAAUUUUCCUCCGCUUCCCACCUCACCGGCACUUCCGGCGGGUUUCCGGGCGGUUUCCGGGCGAGCGGCUCCGGCGGCGGCGGGGGCGAUGCUGGAGGCGGCGGCGGGGCCCGCUCCGGGCGGCGAGGAGCAGCGCGGGAGCCGCUUCAGCGUCCUGACGUGGGAGCAGGUGCAGCGGCUGGACCAGAUCCUGGGCGAGGCCGUGCCCAUCCACGGCCGCGGCAACUUCCCCACGCUGUCGGUGCGGCCGCGCACCAUCGUGCAGGUUGUGCGUAGCCGCCUGGAGAAGAAGGGAGUCCCAGUGCACAACGUCAGGCUGAACGGCUCAGCAGCCAGCCACGUCCUACACCAGGACAGCGGCUUGGGCUACAAGGACCUGGACCUCAUUUUCGGGGUGGAUCUGAAGACCGAGGACGUUUUCCAGCUGGUUAAAGAUGUGGUCAUGGAUUGCCUGCUGGACUUCCUCCCCGAAGGAGUCAACAAGGACAAGAUCACGCCCAUGACCCUGAAGGAGGCCUACGUGCAGAAGCUGGUGAAGGUGUGCAACGAGACCGACCGCUGGAGCCUCAUCUCGCUCUCCAACAACAGCGGCAAGAACGUGGAGCUCAAGUUCGUGGACUCUCUGCGGCGCCAGUUCGAGUUCAGCGUGGACUCCUUCCAGAUCAUCCUGGACUCGCUCCUGCUCUUCGGGGAGUGCUCGGAGAACCCCAUGGCCGAGAACUUCCACCCCACGGUGACCGGGGAGAGCAUGUACGGGGACUUCGAGGAGGCCAUGGAGCACCUGCGGCACCGCGUCAUCGCCACCCGCAGCCCCGAGGAGAUCCGCGGCGGGGGGCUCCUCAAGUACUGCAACCUCCUGGUCCGGGGCUUCAAGCCCAAGUCCGAGGUGGAUAUGAAGGCCCUGCAGAGGUACAUGUGCUCCAGGUUCUUCAUAGACUUCUCUGACAUCGGCGAGCAGCUGAGGAAGCUGGAGGGCUACCUGCAGAGCCACUUUGUGGGCAUGGAGAGCAACAGAUAUGACUAUUUGAUGACCCUGCACAGGGUGGUCAACGAGAGCACGGUCUGCCUCAUGGGACACGAGAGGAGGCAGACCCUGAACCUCAUUGCCAUGCUGGCCGUCAGGGUCCUGGCUGAGCAGAACAUCAUCCCCACGGUCACAAACGUUACCUGCUUCUACCAGCCAGCCCCUUAUGUCAGUGAAAUAAACUUCAACUACUACGUGACCCACGUGCAGCCCUUCCUGCCUUGCAAUCAGUCUUACCCCACGUGGCUUCCCUGUAACUGAGCCAGGACAAACUCCAGGGUCUGUCCUCCAAGGUAUUUCCUUGCCUUGGGGGUUUGGGGGGGUGGGGAGGGGGAACAAAGUGAAACCUACCAACCUUCCUAGAACUGCAACGAAAGGAAACUUCUGGACUCUUGCUUGAGUGUCUCGUUCCUGGGAUGGUUGGGACGAGCCUUGUCUGCUGUACACUGUGAGGGGAAGUGCAGUGCUAUGGAAAUGACUCCUUAUGGAAUUGUGGAGGCAAUGGGGCGGGUGGGGUGUGUGAGGGGAGACUGUAGAAUUACGCUGAGGUAGAGCUGCACUGCCCUGAAAUGGAUCUGAAUUGUGGGGUUUUUUUAGUGCAGGAGGCGUUAUGGGUGUGCAAACUUGUGGUUUCUGCCGAGAGAAGCCAAGGUGGCUGAUUCCUUUGAAGGACCAAAGAAUCCUGUUUAAGUGCCUGUAACAAUAUAAACACAACUGUACUGUAAACCUUUAUUAUUUUCUGCGGGGGCUGAUGGCCCAGAGCUUGAGUGGGGGAUGUCUGAAGAGGAAAAUGUUUCUGUCGUGGGUGGGGAGGGUCGCAAGAUCAUUUCUUAUCCUGGCUGAGGCCAGAGCAGGUUCUGUGUGGCUGAGGGGUUUGGGCAUGACUUGCUGCCUGUGAAGGACCAGCUGGAGCCAAGGGCUGCCAAAGUGGGGCUGCCCAACCCAGGGGUUGGAAAUGCCUGAAACUGGGAGCACUGGGGAGGGGGGAGUGCAUGGUGGAAAAUGCUGUGCAGGGCUUGCUGGAAAAAAGGCAGCAGGGACCUACACUUGGAUUUCUUCAAGCUCCCAAGUCUGCAGUGCCAAAAUAUAGUGAGGCAGAUGAUUUGUCCAGGAGCCUGCCCCAGGCUGCCAUACCUAAUCCUGUUUUUUCUAGGGGAAUUUGAAAUGCUGCUCUUCCGAUUUUUUUUUUUUUUUUUUUUUUUUUUUGACAUGCAGUGUGGUUUUAAUGCACAAAGCCACAGGCCAGCUGGGCCAUGGGGAAGGUGAGGCUUGUCCUUUGAAGCACAAACCAUCCAGGUCACUGGUCAGUCAUUUCCAGCUGUCACUGUGUCCUCCAGGGAGGUGGACAGACCUCUUCCUGCUGGAGAUCAUCCCUUGGGCAGGUCCUAACUCCAAAGCAGCCCAUUCCCAGCUCUGUGAUUCCCUGUGGGAGCCACUGAUAGCAUUUGAAAUUCAUUCUCUAGCUAGAAAUGGAGCCUGGGGGCGGAAGGGGGGAAGUUUGUUGGCCUUAGGGAAAAAAUGUCUUCUAAGCAGACCCUCUGGUGUUUGGAGGGUUUGGCUCUCUCAGUCCAGUGUGGCUUUGAAGCUGUUGAGUGUCCAGAGCACAGAAGUUUUUCACGGAGGGGCUGCCGUGCCCCAGAGGUCUCAGGUUUCAGUGGGCAGGCAGCAGGCAUUCCCUAGGGAUGCUGCUCGGGAACACCACCACGGCUUCCUGGUGCUGCCUCCGGGCUGACCUACUCCAGUACCUUGACUAACUUGUGGUUUUUUGGUUUUUUUUGUUUUUGUGACAAAACUGUACUAGCCGGGCAGAUUGAAAUAAAGACUAGAUCCUUGGAAUGUG